UAGGAUUUUGUCAAUGGUGUGUAUUUAAAUUCUCAACACCGAUGAGGUGACCGCUAAUCAGCCAAUGAGCUGCAGCCCCAAGCUUCCUGGCUUCCUGCUACAGCGUGAACACGUUGCCAUUUAAUUGUCUACUGCACUGGAGACACGAGGCAUCAUCUUUAUUGAAACAAAGCGAGGCAAUGAGGCCGCAGAGGGUGAAAGUAAAACCAAAAGAAGAGGCUGCAUACUUUGCAUCCUUAGGAAAGGACAAGGAUGGAUUUGAUAUCCGUUUUAUAAAUUCAUUCAAAGGUCGAGGAGUAUUCAGCAAGCGGCAUUUUGAGAAAGGAGAGUUCCUCAUCGAAUAUCGAGGACAGGUCAUAUCUAAACAAGAACAUGAAAACAGGCUAUGUAUAUACCAUGAUGCCCUCAAGGUGUUCAUGUUUGAAUUUCGGUAUAAUGGAAAGAAUUUGUGUGUUGAUGCUGCCCAAGAGGAUGACUCCCUCGGCCGACUUGUAAACGAUGAUAAUGUGAGCCCAAAUAGCAAAAUGAAGACGAUCACUGUCAAUGGGCAGCCUCAUUUGUGUCUAUUUGCAACAACGGACAUCAAGCCUGGUGAAGAGAUAACAUACAAUUACGGAGACUCUGACUGGCCAUGGAGGUUAAAGUGUCCCACAGUGAAGGAGCCGGUUUGUUCUGGGGAUUUGGUCAGCCAUGGAAAAAUAAUUGCAACUGACAAGGAGAACAUAACUGAGGCAGAUCCACAACAUGCUUCUGUGACCAUGUAUCAGCUGCCACAGAUGGUUACCAUGCAGAAGAGGCCAAGAUGUGUGUUUCCCCGAGUGAAACCAACGAACAGGACAACCAAACUGAGACAGAUCCACAACCUGCUGAUGCAAACAAGACAUCUGACUGCUUGA